AAAAAAAGUUUUUACAUAGCGAAGAAAAAGAGAAAAAUAAAAAAUAAAAAAGGAAAACCGUGUAAAAUCCACAAAGCUUUAUGUGGGAUUAUUAUUAUUAUUAUUAUUAUUCCUCUCUCUCUCUCUCUCUCUCUCUCUCUUUUAUGUAGUUUCGUAGACUUGGUCUUUGACUUUGUAUAUGCAGAGCCGAGUCCACGCGUCGUCUCUCCUUUGGGUGAACUACACUGGAGGGAAUCGACCAAUCCCCCCUCUGAGGAAAAGGAGCGAACACUAGUUCGAGGUUUAUGAGAUCGCUGCUGCUAAUUCUUUGGAUUUACGAGAGAAAUUGACUCGUGUCGUUAGCCCUCCAAAAUGUUCUGUUCCUCCGAGGCAUCAAAAGAGACCGCGAAAUGGGCAGUCAAGCUAAUAUAACGAUUAUCGGGGUCACUGUCGGUGCGGUUGCGGUGAUCUUGAUAGCUGUUGCUGUAUUUGUUCUGAUCAGAAUUUAUAAGAAUUGGUCGCGUAAAGAACCUAGCAUAUCGUCUCUUCCGAUCCGCACAAAUGGCGCGAAUGCUACGAGCAUCGAUUCGAGCGUGUCAAUCUCAGUGUCGGAGAGUGCGCACGACUUGCAAACUACGGCGACAAGAAAUACUUACUGGGGUCGGCGAGGGCAGCACAAUAACGAUCUGCAUACUUCUGCAUCAGGGAUUCCGAGAUACUCCUACAAGGACAUUCAGAAAGCCACAAAAAACUUCACAACUAUUUUAGGUCAGGGAUCUUUCGGCCCGGUGUAUAAAGCUGUUAUGCCUACGGGUGGAGUUGUAGCUGUCAAGGUGCUCGCAAGUGAUUCAAAGCAAGGAGAAAGAGAGUUCCAUACAGAGGUAGUUUUGCUUAGCAGGUUGCAUCACAGGAAUCUUGUAAAUUUGGUUGGAUAUUGUGUAGAUAAAAAUCAACGCAUGCUCGUAUAUGAGUUCAUGAGUAAUGGGAGUUUGGCAAGCCUCUUGUAUGGUGACAAUCCACGUGUUUUGAGCUGGGAAGAAAGGCUACAAAUUGCUCAUGAUGUUUCUCAUGGGAUUGAGUACCUUCAUGAAGGGGCAGUUCCACCUAUCAUUCAUCGAGAUUUAAAGUCUGCUAAUAUUCUCUUGGAUGGUUCUUUGAGGGCUAAGGUUGCCGAUUUUGGGCUAUCCAAGGAGGAGGUAUUCGAUGAGCGAAAGUCAGGACUUAAGGGUACAUAUGGCUAUAUGGACCCCGACUAUAUGUCAACGAACAAGUUCACCAAGAAGAGCGACGUAUACAGCUUUGGCAUCAUAUUAUUUGAGCUCAUAACAACCAUAAAUCCGCAGCAAGGCCUGAUGGAGUACAUCAAUCUUGCAGCAACCGGGGGGGAUGGAAAGGCCAACUGGGAUGAGAUAAUUGACACGAAUCUUAUCGGUGAAAGUAAUCCCGAUGAGGUGGGGCAUCUUGCCAACAUUGCGCACAGGUGCUUGCACAAGAUCCCGAAAAGGCGCCCCUCCAUAUCCGACGUGACUCAGGCUAUCUCAAGAAUACGGCAGCGGCGCCUCAUGAAAGAAGACACCCUGCCCUCUUCAAGAAUCGAGACAUCGGGAGUUCUGAGGAGGAUAGAGCUUCAGCAACUGGAGCUCAACAACAUUACCAGCAUGAGAGGAUAUGCGUCCCAGAAAGUAUGACCGCGGUAUCCGGACUCUCUUCUUUCUGGUUAUGGGUCAUUGAUAGCUCAAAAUGAUAGUAGUACUCGGUUCGAUGCACUCGUAUCUUGAUCUUCAAUAUUUUGAUCUUCACUUAGUUUAUUCUGAUACCUGUCCUCCAAUGCAUAAUUCUCCAUAACACGAAAAUUAUCGUCACGCUGUAAUUAACAGAGAUUGGUCGAUGAUGAAGAAUUGACUAGAUUCAUGAUAUUGUGACUUGUGUAAGAUGAUGUUAAAGAAUGCGACAUUUUGUGCAUUGUUCGGUUUAUCAA